GAUAAUAUUGGUAGUAAAAGUAAAAAAAAUAAUUCAUCGAAUACAGUAACAGCAACAGCAGUAUCUACCAAUAACAUCAAUAAAACUAAUAAUAGCAAUAAUAGUGGUGGCAAGUCAAAAAGUAAAUCAAAUAGUAAAAAAUCAAAUAAUACUACUAAUAAUUCAACUAGUUGCAAUAUUGAAAAAAGUAAAUCACAACCACAAAUUCAAUUACAGGACAGUAGAAUUUUUAACACUUUUAUAAAAAAUCAAGCAAUUAAUCACCAACAACAGCAACAGCAACAACCACAGCAACAGCAGCAGCAAAAUCAUUGUAAUAAUACUCCAUUAUCACCAUCAUUUUUUAAAAAAGAUUCGCAGUUUGAUUUAACGGCAUCAGCAUCAUUAUCAACUUAUUCACCCAAUUCAUCAACUAGAAGAAAAACAGUAACAAUAAUUGAUAGUAAAGAUCUAAUUGGUAAUACAUUUUCACCACCAAUUCCCGAAACAUUACCAUCAACAUUACCAACCAGUUUAAUUAAUCAUAACUAUAUACAACAACAAAAACAAAGAAAAAUGGCAAACGGUGACAUUGAAGAUCAAGAUCUUUAUAAAAAAGAUAAAGAAAUAGACAUUGACGAAGAUGAAGAAGAGGAAGAAGAAGAGGAAGAAGAUUCAUUAUCAUCUGAUUCAUCAUCAGAUUCCGAUGAUUCAGAUUCAGACAGUUUCGAUUUAUCAUGUGUUCAAAUUCAAAACGAUGAUUCAGCUGAGGUUAAAAAUCUAAAAAUGAAAUUAUUGAAAGAAAAGAGCAGAGUUUUAGAUACCAAAGAAGCUAUGAAUUCAUUAGUUGAACAAAUUACAACUUAUAAGCAAUCUGUUGAAGAAGAGAAAGUAAUUUUAGAAGCUUCAUUAAAACAAGAAAAGAAAACCAAAUUAGAGUUAUUCGAAAUUUAUAAAGAAACAGAGCUAGAAAAAGACAACCUUACAAAACAAUUAGAAAUCGUUAUUUUAGAAUGUGAACAAUUAGAAAAAGAAAAGCAAACCAUCUCUAAAGAAAAUAUUAAUAAUCUACAAACUUUGAUGAAUGAAAUCACACAUAUUGAAGAGUCCAAUUCUCUCUUAGAAAAAGAUUUAGAAAAAGAAAGACAAUUACACUCCCAAACCCAAAUUCAACUUAAAGAGCAAAUUUUAUUAAUCCAAAAAUUAGAGUCUUAUAACAAUGAAAUUUCAAAUACCCUUUCAUCAACUGCUUCUGGUGGUGGCGCUGCAGCAGAUCAAGUUCAAAUCCUUCAAUUAAAGAAACAACUUUCUGAUACUCAAGCACAAUUAAAUCAAGAAAAAGAAAAAUUAGCUAAUCUUGAUAACUUAUUGUUCCAAGGAAGAAAGAUUAUUGGUUUUGCUGAAAAGAAUGGUGGCCAUUUAGAUCAAAACUCUGUUUUUGAAAUUAAUAAUCUUAAAAACUAUGUAAAUGAAGAAAAAGAAAAUCAUCACAAGACUCUUAUGCUUUUGGAGGAAGAAAGAAAGAAAUCUGAACUCAACAAAAAGACUGCUGAUAAUUUGGUUGCUAGAAUGAAAGAGUUAAUUUCAUCUCAUCAUGAAACUCUUUCACUUUUAGAUGAGGAAAAAGAAGGAUCUAAAGUCUUACAACAAGAGCUUCAGGCAUUGAAAGAACUUUUAUCAAAACCAGGAGGUUCAGCCAACACCAAUCCAUCUACACCAUCAGUUUCAAAUCAAACCCCAGCUUCUUCAACCUCUGAAGUAUCUUCACCAGUAAUUAAUCAACCACAAGUAAAUAAAGACCAACAAAAUGCCCAACCACAAUAUGAGGAAGGUAAAUUGAGACCUGAUCCAUCAAUGGAGUCAAUUUCAUCACAAGGUAGUGAUAGCUCAACUCAUGCCACUUCUACAACAACCACCACUGCAUCAGGAACAAAGGUUAACCAUCAAAAAAUGUAUAAAACUCUUCGUAUUAAAAAGAAUGGAAAUACAACUGGAGCAAAUAAAUUGGGUGGUGAUUUAAGUUUAUUCUAUGGUGUUGAUAAUAAACCAACUUCACCAGAAAAUUCAGCUGAUAUUGUACCAGAGGGAUCGUCGACAUCAACCAAUUUAAAUGCCAUCACUGAAAUGAAUAUCCAAUCAACAAAGCAAGGAGCAUCAACAGGAGGCGUAACUAAAUUAGGAGCAAACUUUUUCAUGUCACCAUCAGAAAGUAAAGAAGAUUUAAACAAAUCACAAACUGCUUCAGGCACAUAUUCAUCAUCCACUAUUGGCCCAAGUUUUGUUACCAAUUCUCCAAGUAAAACAUUAGAAAGAAAAAAUACAUUCUCUGGAGUACCAACCACAUCAUCUAAAUCAUCAAGUAAAUUAGAUAAAGAACAAAAAGAACGUGAAAAGAGAAUUGAAAAAGAAAAAAGAGAAAUCUCUAAAAAGAAUGAAAAAUAUUUGAAAAAAUUAGAAAAAUUAGAACAAGAAAAAGAAAAGAAACGUUUAAAGGAGACCCAGGGUUCAGCUACUGUAGCCACUAAUGUUGCUAAUGGUACAAACAGUGGAAAUAAUAGCACCAACAAUAGUAUCGGUAAAGAAUCAAGCCAGCAAAUUUUAAAAGAUAAAGACUCUCAUUCAUCAAAUAGCAGUAAUCCAAGUAGUUUAAGUAAUAGUUUAGAAAAUACAUCCACUUUAAAUAAUAGUAGCAAUAAGGAUGAUAUACAACAACCAGCUUUAGCAGCAUCACCACCAUCACAACAACAAAAUUUAGAUAAUAAUUCUGUUUCAUCCACUUCAUCACUUUCAUCAUCAAACUCAACCUCAUCAACCAGAUCACCAAAUCUCUCAAGUGUAAAGGAAAGCAAUAAGGAAAAAAGAAAAUCACUUUUUAUAUUUAAAUAA